CAUGAAUCAAUCACGUACGAAGUUGAGCAGUAUUUUGAGGGCGAAUGAAUGCGCUAGCUUUUGUGGAAAAUUUUUAUGUGAUUGUAAUUCCCAUGUUUUUCGGCAAGCCAAGUCUUUACAAAGUAGUAUCAAUUUAUUAGAGCAGUCAUCUGCACCAUGGCCGUUGCAAACUCGGUAGAACGCGAUGAGAGGCGCACACCUCUUCUCGGUGACGAGCAGGAGAGCAGUGACUCAGAGGACAGCUUUCUGCUCGCUUGCGUUACGGUGUCGCAUUUCCUCACCAAUGUGGGUUGGCACGCGUGGCAAUUCGUGAUUCCACUGUAUCUGCUCAGUUUCGACACUUCCACCUCCGGAGCCGCUGGCGCCCCGUCUGUUCUAUAUGCAGGGUUUUUCGGGUUGGGAAUCACGCUUAGCGCGCUGUUCUUCAGCCCUCACGUCGGUUCCUGGGCAGAUGCCUUACGGACCGGAAGUACGUCCUCCGACGCUCGAAUGCGCAUUGUCACACUGGGUAUUGUCUCGCAGGUCGCGUCCGUCGUGGUCGCGUUGGCAGUGAUUUGUCUGCGCUUAGAAAAGGAUAAGCAGACCAUUAAUAUUGGGGCGACGACAUCUCCUAAAAGCGAUAAUGUUUUUUCCGGAUUGUCUCGCUUGGAUCUCGUUUGCUACGUGACGAUGUGCCUAAGCGGCAUCGUGGAGAAGUUAGGGACAGUGGCGACCUUGAGUGCAGUGAAAAAGGACUGGUUACCAACGCUUUUUAUUGGGGAAAAGUUGGCGCAAGCGAACAGUGUAAUGUCCCGAGCCGACCUGGCAGCCGAAGUUUUGGGUCCUUUUAUCGCAGGUCUAGCGUUUACUUUAAUUGAUACUAGUAUGUCUGGGAGUGGGGCCGCUGGUGCUGGUGUCUCAAAAUCAUCUGCGGCAGAGGCAGUGGUGCCUACAGACGACAGCAAGGGAUCAGUAUUCGCGUACAUGGCUGUAGUGAACUUGGUGUCGUUUUUACCGCAGUAUGUUUUGUUACGCUAUGUAUUCUCCAGGGCGACUACUCGGUUGGAAGUGCAGACUUUCACGGAGAGAAACGAAGCCUUGCACGAGGGGCCAUCUCGGGAGAUCAUCACAGGUGUGCAAGACUCUACGUCAAAUAGUGCUGCAUUGGCUGUGAAGAAAGAAGCGUCGGAGGAAAUUCGAGAGUCGGGAUGGUCUGUGUUUUUUAAGCAAGAGCACGACUUGUGGUGGAACAGCGUCUGUUUUGCGUUAUGCUGGUUCAAUGCCUUGUCGCCUCACGGCGUCGUUCUUACUGCGUACCUAGCCGCCAACAGGGUGGAUUCUCUGUUGCUAUCUAUUUUUCGUGGGCUUGGAGCGGCAGCUGGUGCAUGUGGUGUGUUUGCUUUCCGUCGUGUGCGAGCGCGAUCUAAUUUAGGAGCCGCAGCGUCGCUCUUCAUGUGGAUUCUUGCGACUGGAUGUUCGCUAGCCUUGUUCUUUGCAGCGCUGUUCGAGAGUCAUUUCUUGGAGCCGGACUCACUAGAUGGAGAGUCACGCUUGUCUCCGAACGGGAAUUUUUCUAGUUUUCGAAAAGCACUUCUUCUAUGCUUUUUAGGGAGCAUCGUUUUAUCGCGAGUGGGCCUUUACGCUUUUGAACUUGCGAGUAUGGAGUUAAGCCAGCUUUUGGUUAUCCCCGAAACGCGGCUUCGAGUCAGUGCGGUGGAGUCCGCUUUGUGUAGCUCAGGCACGCUUUUCAUAUACGUCCUGAGUAUCGUCUGGAGUCGGCCGAGCGAAUUCGUUUUCCAAGUCUGCACGAGCUGGGCAGCAGUACAGACUGCAGCCAUAGCUUUCGAUCGUUGGCGUAGAAAAACGGCCGCGGUUCGUGCCUUGGGUUGAGAUUUGUGGGAAAGGCCUGAAACAUCAACAACAACUUCUAUUCUCUUUGUUGUUCUCGAAAAUAAUGUUUCCCUGAGUGUUCGCGACACCUUCAAUCAAUGAAUAGGGCACGGCGUGAUAUGACGUUUCGUUUUGUUCCUACCAGCUGUGUUGUGGAUGGGGAUCGCGUUGCAUAGGUUGUUCUUAUGGUCGUCACAGGCCAAUGCCGCCCACGACGAGAAGACCUCUAGGGCAGUCAGGACUAAUGCGCGGCGCCUAAAGUUAAACGGAUCCUAACGAGCUCCUAGAAUAACAAACUUACUCACGCCUUUCCUUUCCAAAAAACACCAAGUCAUUACCUCAGGCAAUAAGUGGCAGGGUAGGCGAAGCGGAUUCAGUGUUUGUUGCCCCC